AAAAGCACAUAUUUGCAUGCUGUGACAUUAUAUAAAUCUCUUGUCCAGGAUGCAGGGGGCGUUUAUUCUAUUGUUUACAUUAUCUUGUGCUUUAGCCCAGUAUGAUCGAGGUCCAUAUCCUCCGAAGAAGCCUGUAGGAGUAUGCAUUCUAAAUGAUGGCAGAACGUACAAGGUAGGAGAGAAUUUUCCCGCCGGUGACGGCUGUAACGGGUGCACCUGCCGCUCCGACUUAAACGUCGUGUGUACCUUAAUAGAUUGUGGAGGAAAUCCCUCGGACGUUUGUUCUAAACCAAAGGUCGUGGGUCCUUGUAAAGCUUUAAUAAGGCGUUGGUGGUACAACAAAAGAACGAACCGCUGUGAAAGAUUUAACUAUGGCGGGUGUCAGGGAAAUCAAAAUAACUUUGAAUCGAAGAAGGGAUGUGAAAACCGCUGCAAGAGGAGAGCAUAUCGUCCUGGACGUAAAUAAAUUACUUUUGAAGCAAUCUCGGACCUUGCUGCUCUUAUUUGUAUAUCAACUUCCAUCUUUGAAGACAGGUGAAAUCGUUCGAUUGAUGAAAAAUGUAUAUGUGCGAAAAGUGCAGAAAUAAGAGUACAAUAUCUUAUCCUCCUGUUUUUAUUGUUUGUUUAAAUUGAAAUAAAAAGUGAAAUAAUA